AUGGAUUUUACGCGGUUGGGCAGGAUCCUCAAAUCCGAGUCAACCAUAAAGCCAAAGGGAUGUCCUGGGAUGUGGAAGUUUCCUUAUAAUCUCGCGAACUGUUGCAUCUACAGAGUCCCUGAAGUACUACGUAAAGUAAACGCUGAAGCAUACACUCCCCAACUAGUCAUCAUUGGACCUCUUCACCAUUAUUUAAAAACUCAAGCUCUCAGGUCUCUUGGAGAUAUCACAAACACAAAGUCAAUGGGCUACGUAAACUUGGAAGAGCAUAAGAAGAUUUACCUUGCUAAAUUCGCAGAAAGGGUUGAUGGGAAUGAAACCAUUACUGGAUUCAGAAGAACAAUCCAAGAAGACGAAAAGAGAAUCAGAGAAAGCUACUCGGAGUCAACGACUUGGAUUGAAUCUUCAGAGUUCGUGGAGAUAAUCCUGCUCGACUCUGUUUUCAUACUUGAGUUCCUUUUAAGGAGGAAUCAAAGAAUUCGUAGAAUGAAAACAGGGGAUCCUCUCAUUGACGAGCUUUGUCUUGAACUGACAAUCAUCAGUGAUCUCAUGUUGCUAGAGAAUCAGCUUCCUUACUUUAUCCUCCAUAAUCUCUUUCAUCCAAUCUUCAGUAGAGUCAUGCCGAAUAAGACAUUCCGCGAAUUAAUCAUCUUCUGCUUUGGAUAUAAAAAUAAGAUCAGAGACGACUCAAAUUUCAGACAUUUCACUGAUUUGGCCAGGUGUCUCCGCGUUGAAUCACUUGAAGCGCCUGCUCAACGGGUGUUCAAGCACUUACAACAUAUGUUUAACGCGGAUGAGCUACAUAAUGGGGGAGUGACAUUCGAGGCGUUGGAAGACGAGUCCUCGCUGGAGGUGAGAUUUGAGAAUGGUUGUUUAAAGAUGCCUCGUCUUGUGAUCCAUGAUACUUCGGAGAUGAUAUUGAGAAACAUAAUGGCGCUUGAACAAUGCCACUACCCUUACACCGCACAUGUCUGUAGUUACGUCGACUUCCUGGAUCACCUCAUUGACACCGAUAAAGAUGUUGAGUUGCUUGUCGAGAAAGGGAUAAUUAAAAACUGGAUUGGGGAACCCAGUUCAGUUGCAAAGAUGGUGAACAAGCUUGGUUUGGGCAUCGCAAAUGCUGGCUCUUACUAUUCUGAUACAGCGGUUAAAGUCAACGCUCACUAUACAAACCCACGCACUAAGUCAGUAGCCAUCCUGAAACGCGUUUAUUUCGGUAACAUGUGGUUUGGGACGGCCACCGUCGCCGCCACGUUACUAUUGCUAAUGACACUCGUCCAAGCGGUGUCUUCAAUCUAUCAGCUUGUGCAGGACAAAGACCCAGUCAAGAGGUCAUAG